CAUCUCAAGUUAUUUAGCCAAAAACGACAUGAAACCAAAUUCAGGGUUAUUUGGGCUAGAUGUGGGAUACACAUAGCCGGACUAUAUCGGGUCUAUACUUAACCGAGACGUUGAAAUGACGACUAUUGCUUGCUGGGUGAAACACCCUCCGUUUUAUUGGUUAUAGUAUGUCCUAAAGCAAACAGUGCAGAGAUGAAAGAGGGUGGGGACUUUCUCCAAGUCCAUAAGCGACUGCACAUAAACUGGUCUCUUAACUGCAGAACCAUGUUGGUUUCAAAACAGCGCUACACUUCGCACGGGGGAUUUUAAACUCCCUGCAGCACAAGGGGGCUCGUUGCUUGAAGCUGCAAAACGAAAGUAUGUUGUAGACCAAGACGAGGCGGCUGAAAGCAAGGCAAAGUGUCGUGGCUUAUGGAGCUGAACUCUGAUGGUUAACAAAGCAGCGUAAUGAGUGGGAAAGUCUGGACAUUGAUCACUGCCGUUUCAUUCAUCACAUAUAUUCAUGAUGUCCAAUCCGGGUGUAUGCCGCACGAUGUUAAAGCACAUCUGGAUGACCUGUUGUUGGAAGAGCAUGUGUUUGAGAUUAAGGUGUUCUCACCUGAAACAAAGGAACACAAGCUUCUAUCAGUAAUAAACACCUUGUGUUCAACCUGGACUAAUAACAAAUUUAAGGACAUGAAUAAAUUAAAAGUGCUAGAAACCUUUCAAAUAAUGCUGUAUAAUCUAGACAAAAAUUUUACAGACUUUUGUGCUAAUCUCAAUUGCACAGAUGCGUACACAGUACGCAGCAUUGACACAAACACUUUUGGAGAAAUGUACAAAAAAUCUUGUGAUGGAUCAGUAUCGGACCUGAAAUGUCCAUCAAAGAGUACAACCAUCAACCCAACCACUGAAUUCAGCUCAGCAUUUUUAACAACGGUCAGUUUAAUCACCACAGAUCAUGAAAGCACAACAGCUUUAACAACGGUCAGCCAAAACAUCACUGCUCCUGAAAAUUUGACAGCAGUUUCAUCGGCACGUACAGAAACCAUCAUUCAAGCAUUAAAAGAUGACAAUCAGAAUCUGUGGGCUGCCAUUAAAACGUGUUCUGGACUCCUGGUUGUGUCGUUUCUGCUGAAUAUUGUUUUACUCCUCAUGGUGGUUCAUGUGCACAGGAAUUCCAAGAAGAAAACAGCCAGAGAGUAAAUGACAAUUUUAGCACUGCGUUGGUUGCUUGUUGAAGUUUUUCUCCAGUUACAUAAUCAUCCUCCAGAUACCAGUUGCUGCUACCACACUCUCUAUGCAUGCCACAGUGCUGUCUUUGAAUCUGUGACUGGCAACCAUACUAAUAUAUGCAGCUUGUUAUUGUUAUAUGCAGUCAUGUCCACACAGAUUGUGUAUUUUACAGUUUCUACUUGUGCUUGUCUUGAAUGUGCCUCCGUAACUGUUAUCGUUCAUCUAUCAAGUACCUCUGUUCAUGGUUUUCUGACCUAGAAUGAUAUGGAAUAAAAUGGUCUGUCUGUCCAGCCCACAGGUUGUGGGUUAUGUUUUAAGAAAUACUUUAAAUAUACCAUAAUCUGAAAUAGAUUUUUAACACUUUAUUUGAUUAAUCUUCAUAUUUAUUAUCAGUUUUUAAAUGAUCUAUUUACCCAUCCCCUUUUCGCUUUGUUCUGUAUAUUAUAUAUUUUUGUUCACACAAAAAUAUCACAACCAGUACAGAAAUUAUUGGGAAAAAAAGAUCUGUGACGUUUAGCAUUCAGGUCCUGAAUGGUUGUGCCAGACAGUUUCUUUUGUAAGGAACGAUGGGAAAGAAAAGUAUUUACAUCUAAGAUCCCACUGCAAAAUGUUGCAUAUUUUGCUAUGUUUGCGUGUAAGAGAGGACAUGCAGAAUUUUUUUCUGGGUAUCUCAGAAUGUACAUUUUAUGUUAAUGAUCUUUGUGCUUUUGUGUAAAAUUGACAAUUGUUUGCUGCAAAAUGCACCCAGUAAAACAGGAAAUAUGAUCAUGUGUAUCUUAGACCUCAUUAAAUGGCACUAAAAAGUUCUCAUUAAAAAAACUGAAUGACAUGUUCAUUAUACUAUAGUCACUAUAUAGUCUUUGUCUUCAUUACCAAGAAGUGGUAUGUGGUCCCUACUAUAUCCUCCGGGAUCCAGGCAUAGUCUUUUGUCCUCUGUAGAGAACAUUAUAUUUUACUGAAUUUCUCUGAGACCGCAGAUGCCCACUGAUCUCUAUAAUGACUGGAUUGCUCAUUGCUUUCUUCUAAACUGCCAUUCUGCUGUGAAGACACUGGAAGUGAUUGAGCCGCCAUUUUACUAUUCCCUACCGGCAGAGAGCAUCAUAAUCACCUGAUUUGAAGCAUAUCAGUCACAUGGGAUUAGUUUUUAAGAUAUGUGUAUGUAAAUAAAUUUUUACUUCAGAUCUUAUCUGCAAUGUUUAUGG